UGUGGGCCGUCCCUCUUGUGAAACACUCCCCUCAUCUCCUUCUCUUUCUCUUUCUCUUGCUCUUUUUUUUUCUUUUUUAUUUAUUUAUUAUUAUUUUUUUCCCUGGUUUUUCUCUAUUUCAUUUCCCCUUCUGUAUUGAGAAGGAGAAGUUGAUUCUCUUUCCUUUUGAGUAUCGAUCCAUAUAUACAUAUUUGGUCCCUUGGUUUUGAAGGGAUAUUUAUUUUGAGAUCCCGACUGGUCUUCCACAACGGUCCCGUCCCUUGAUCUGCCUGAGACUCCAGGCAUUCCAGGCCAGCCAAACCCAACAAAAAGAGGUACCCGCAGCGGAACCGCGGAUUCCAAGUAACUACUGCUUAACCGCGACGGAAUAGUGGUCGGGAACCACUCUCGCCCACUUCUCUACCCUGUCCUUUCCAUUUUCCUCUUUGUUGGUUCCGCCAUUGGUGCAGAACAGUUAUCGUUCUUGCUAGGCAUCUUAGGAUCCUUUGAUCCUCCAACACUUGAGUCUUCUCGUCAUGACAAAAGAAGCGCCGUCGCAAUCGGUCACGGAGCUCAAUGCCUGUGUUUCCACAGGCCACCGCCCUGCCGUGAAAGAAACCACGUUCCGAGAAUGGGUGGUUGACAAUCAAAUCGGAAUCUCAUUGACAAUCCUUUCCAUGCUAUUGGCCGUUCACCAUCUCUACCCUUCUUUAAGGCCUUAUACCGCUCCGUUCUUCCAACUAUCCUACUAUCAAGCUUCUCAAGGCAUUUACGUUCAGGGAUGGGAUGAUAUUUACUUCGUCGCUAGUUCCGCGAUCGCCUUUACGGCCAUCCGGGCCAUCGUAAUUGACUGGGUUCUUCGACCAAUUGCGAUGCAUGCGGGACUGAAACGGAAAGCUUCAGUUCGAUUUGCUGAACAAGGUUGGAUGUGGCUGUACUAUGCGUUCUUCUGGACUUUCGGCAUGUACAUUUGGUCGAACUCCAACCACUGGAUGGAUUUUGCCGCCAUCUGGGAUGAGUGGCCUGCUCGCGGCGUCUCAGGCUCGCUCAAGUGGUAUCUCCUGGCGCAGCUGUCAUUCUGGCUGCAGCAGAUUUUUGUUAUCAACAUCGAGGAGCGGAGAAAAGACCACUAUCAAAUGUUCACCCAUCACAUCAUAACCAGCACUCUCUUGACCUCCGCAUAUAUAUACGGCUUUUACAACGUCUCUAAUGUAGUUCUGUGUCUGAUGGAUAUUGUGGAUCUCUUGUUGCCGACGGCAAAGAUACUGAAGUACUUUGGUUACGAACUUGCUUGCAACGUUGCCUUCGUUGUUUUCAUGCUCACAUGGUUGAUCACACGUCAUAUAAUGUACCCUCUGCUAUGCUGGUCCAUAUUUAAGGAGGUCCCCGCGAGGAUGUCGUACGGCUGUUAUUCCGGAACGACAGCCGAAAUGAUCUCGAACGAUGGAUACCCCGAUCAACUGACCCAUCUUUUCUACCCAUUCUUGAACAUCGAUGGCCCUAUCUGCAUGAACCGCACCAUCAAGUGGAUCUUUCUAUCCCUCCUGCUAUUUCUUCAAGUGUUGUCCAUCAUCUGGUUCGCGAUGGUCAUCCGCGUGGCGGUUGGUGUGCUCCGUACUGGAAAUGCAGAGGACUCGCGCAGUGAUGACGAAGAAGAAGAGGUGGAAACGAGAAUCUCGAGCAAGGAUGGCCCCAAUGGAAGUGCGACAAGCCCUGAUGGCACUAACGCCGAAUGGCGCCGAUCGAAUGGAUCGUCUGCCGUACGCCCUCGCGGACGUGGGCGGGUUCGACUCGGCGAGCAGAGCGAUCGCAAGGCACUACUAGGCAGGAUCGGAUGCGAUAAGCCGACCUAGGUGCGCCAUGUUUCAAAUUAACUUAUUUUCUUUUUUUAACGUUAUCAUGGAACCGAUAUGCAGCGAUGCAGAUAUAAACGACUAAGACAGCUUUGAAAAAAAAAAAAAAGAGAGAGAGAGAGAGAGAGAGAGAGAGAGAACACAGACACGUUUUCCACUAACCCACCAUGCCCACUCCGGGCUUCUAUCAGCAAGUUUCUAUUUUUUACGUUUGAUACCAUGGAUUGGGUUGAUCGUAUAACGAGGCGUGAACGAGGAUGGACCGUUUAUGAGUUGCGUUUCCUGGACUUUAUUUACAUUUACCCUUGCCGGCAUGUUAUUAAAUUAUGUUUGUUCCACAGAUGAUGCUUGGAAGUCUGAUCUCGAAUGUGUGGAGGCUUUCCUUAUUAUUAAUGGUUAGAGUGCAAUCCAAUACCCACCAAGUGAUUUGAACUGGUUAUCACGACAUGACAUGAAUGUGUAUGUAUGUACAGCCAGAUGUAUAAUAGAUUCAUAGACCCCAUACGGAUGAGUCUUGCCAUCUUUACGGACGUCAAAC